ACACCACAUUUUCUUAUUUCGCAACAACUUGCAUUCAAUCUCUGUUUGUGGACGUAACUUUGCUUAAUUCAAUUUCGUGGCUCCAACCCUUUUUUUAUAUUUUAUUUUUAUCACAAUUCUUAGCUACAACCACUGAUAAAUAUUAUUAUUUUAUUAUUAUAGCAAUAUAUAUAAGAGGGUAGCAUUUAAUUUAAUCAUUCAUUUAUUAUCUUGUACAAAAUUUGACACUUUACACAUAAAAUCUUCCUUGUCUAUUAGAAAGAGCAAAAGGAUCAAUGUCUGUGUUUGCUUCACAUACCAUUUGUAAAGUUGCCAAAGAUGCAGCUGGAAUUGCUGGUAACAUCUUUGCUUUUGGGUUAUUUGUAUCUCCAAUACCUACAUUUAGGAGAAUUAUAAGAAAUGGGUCAACAGAAAUGUUCUCAGGAUUACCAUAUAUUUAUUCCUUGAUGAACUGCUUGAUUUGCAUGUGGUAUGGUACUCCUUUGAUAUCACAUGAUAAUAUUUUGGUUACAACUGUUAAUUCAAUUGGAGCAAUCUUUCAAUUUGUGUACAUAAUCAUCUUUAUGAUGUGUGCUGAGAAAGAAAAGAAGGUUAAAAUGUUUGCAUGGUUGAUUGUAAUUCUUGGCAUAUUUGCAACCAUAUUGCUUGGAAGCUUGCAAAUAGAUGACAUUCUAAUGCGCCGACUCUUUGUUGGGAUUUUGAGUUGUGCAUCUCUCAUUUCAAUGUUUGCCUCUCCAUUGUUUAUAAUUAGAUUGGUCAUUCAGACAAAGAGUGUUGAAUUCAUGCCAUUUUAUCUCUCACUUUCCACCUUCCUAAUGAGCACCUCUUUCUUAAUUUACGGAUUACUCAGCGAUGAUAUCUUCAUUUAUCUGCCAAAUGGGAUAGGAACCAUUUUGGGAAUGAUCCAGUUGAUAUUAUUCUUCUAUUAUGAGAAGAAAUCAAGAAUAGAUGCCGGUGAACCGUUGAUAGUUUCAUAUGCAUAAUCACUUCUUCUGAAAAUAUUAAAGAAUCAAAGAAGUUAGAUAUGAACAGUUGCGGUUGCCUUCUAUAUAUGAUCUGAAACAGAAGCUCACAAUGUUGCUAGUUGGUUCAAAUUAUUGGUUCAAUUACUGUUGCACCCUUGAGAGUGACCAGAAGUCGCAAUAAAGAAUAACUUCAAAUAUUCUGUAUAUAUUUUACGCCUUUUCUUGGGAUGGUGAACUAUGCAUCAAAGUUCAAAAUGGUAUUACAGAAAGAAAUGCUGUUUGCACCGUUACUGCAUUUGUUGGUGGCCUCUCUUACAUUGAGUGAGGCAUUUUUUUUAGUUCAUCAGAUGUUAGAGACUUCGAGAGGCAUGUAUUAUUUAUUUUUGUCGUGAAUGAGCAAUAAGUGAUUAUUAUCUCACAAUUUCAUACAUUUGUGAUGGAUAUAUAGAUAUCAAAAGUUUCACUUUGGAUUUGUUCCAAAGUAGUUUUGUCUA